CACCACUUCAACCAACCACUUCUUACGCGUAAGCUAAGCCAACCGACAGUAAUGUUAUAUAAGAGAGUCUCUCAGACCCAACGUCCGUGCAUGGGGACCGCCCCAGACCGCGUAACAGAGGCAGUACGGCUUUGGUACCUUAGGCAUCAACACCGGUAAUGCGAGGCCCAUGCCCCACUCCCCACCAGCCAGCCACCCAACAGGCUGACAUGAGAUGAUCCUUCAAAGUUCACGACAAAACAACCAGUUCUUGAUGGCUUCCUCCAAAUAACGUCAGUCACCUUCAAGAUGUUCCCCGGUUUGAUCCGUAGUGCACCAAAGCCUACGAAACUGUGCAUCAGAUUCAUAAGGACUCAACGCGCGGCAUUUUCCUCGUCCAGCAUAAUGCCUUUCCAGCACGACUUCGACCCGUACGAGUAUACCAGCGGUUGUUGGCUACGCGCUGACGAUGCUCAGCGCGAUGCUCGUCGUGUCACGUUCGACUUUGCGACUCUUUGCCAAAAGGCAAUCGACUCCUCUCCUGGCGCCAAGAAAAUCUUGCAUGGGGUGAAAGCGGAAGGUAACUUCAACCGCGCAUUUAUCCUUGACCUCGACAACGGGUCUAAGGUCGUCGCCCGCAUUCCCUUCCCCGUUGCAGGGCCUUCUCGGCUGGUGACCAACUCAGAAGUCGCAACUAUUGCUUAUAUCCGGGAAAACACAAGUAUCCCAGUGCCGAAAAUCCUCGAUUGGAGUGAUGAUUCAACGAACCCAAGCGGGACCGAGUAUAUCAUCAUGGAGUAUGCUCCCGGUGUACAGCUGCAUGAGAUAUGGCCGCAAAUGGACUCUGUCCAACACAUGCAAUGCGUCCGAAAUCUCACACUUCUAGUUAAGGAACUACACGAUUUAACCUUUCCUGCAUACGGUAGCAUAUAUUUCGACAACGACUUCAUUGACACCACUCAUCGUGUCCCCCUCAAGAACAACUUCUUCGUCGGACCGCAUUGCUCAUCACGGUAUUUCCCUUGCUACCCAGGAGAUCAACAAAGCUAUGACAGAAGACCACCAAAUCAGGGUCCUUGGAACACAUUCGACGAAUUUAGACGCGGCUUGGUCGAUGCAGGUAUUUCGCGCGUGCCCUACGAGACCCCACCUGGAAGGGCUGAUUUCCGCGGCUCAGUUGAGGCCAAUCUGGAACUCCUAACGAGAGGCGCAGCUGUUCUUGAGUCGCUCAGCCGCGAUCCUCGAAUCGAGAAUAUCUCGACGCCACUUUUGCUGCACCCUGACCUGCAUAAGCGAAAUAUAUUUGUCGACCCAGAUAAUCCUACAAAGAUUACCGCACUGAUUGAUUGGCAAUCAACGUCCCUCGACCCCGCUUUAUUCUAUUAUCAGGAUAUACCAGACCUUUGCGAUGUUUUCGAAGCAUUUGAACAGCAAUCUGAAUCUGACGAAGAUCAAAGCCCAGAGGAGACAGCGAGGCGAGAAGCAUUGGCCAAGGAUGCGGCUAUCUGUCGGCAGACUUGGGAUGUUGGCCUGAGAGGCUGGGCGCCACGUCUAUACGCGGCACAGAAUUGCGACGAAAACUUUACUCGCCCAUUUCGAUACUGCUACACCUGUUGGAAGGAUGGCGCGGCUGGCUUCCGCAACGAGCUUGUGGAACUGUGUCAGAAGUGGAGUGAACUCGGCCUGGAAGGGUCUCCUCCGUAUCAGCUUACGGCUGAAGAAAUGGCCGAACAUACUCGGCAAUGGAACGACUUCCAGGACGCCGUGAGACUGAGAAACGGUAUCGCUCAGGGAUUAAACACCAAUGAAGAAGGAUGGGUCCCUAUGGAGAACUGCGAGACGGUCAAGGAGGCUACGGCCGAGCUCUUGGAGCAAUGGUUAGCCACAGCACAGGAUGAUGGCAUGGAGAAGGAGAAGGCCAGGCAGCUCUGGCCAUUUGAUUGCUAGAACGUUACCAUUAUCAGAAGUUUUAUUUAGUAGUUUUUUUGGGGUCUCGCGGCCAACCCUUCGGGUCCCUACUCUUCUUUUUCCACAAUGGGGAUGUGCAGGUCUGUUGUUGGUCUCAUGAGCCAGCCUUCCAGUGUCCUUUUUUAGUAGUUUUUUUGGGUCUCGCGGCCACCUCUCCGGGUCCUUGUUCUCCU